UAUAUUACUGGUUACAUAACUUACAACAAAAGUUAGCAAUGUCAACACCACCUAAUAAUAAUACUACUAAUACUACGCCUGCAAUAAGAAUUCUUACUCCAUCUGUUGAUGAUUUUUCUGUUGAUUCUUUACCUGCUGAAGAAUCUUCUUCUUCAACUGCUCAAAGUCCUUUUACACCUAGUUCACCGCUAGAAGAAAUAAAUGAAGGAGAAAUAAAUGAACAUGAUGUACCAAAGAAUCCUUCAACAGAGCUUUUACAAAAAGUUGGACAUUGGUUUUAUAAUACGAGAUUCGUUCAGUACAUGAAAUCAGACGAAAGAUCCAGAGUAAAACAUAAUUAUUCAUCGAAUCCAAUAUGGAUGCUUGGAGUAGAAUAUAAAUUUACAGAGGACGGUGGAACGAUCAAUCUUCCGAAACCCGACAGAGGAGAGCAUGCUCGAGGCGGCCGGGCUUCAUCUUUAUUGAAUUUUAUAAUGUUCGGUUCAUCGGAAGAAGAUGAAGAUUAUAAUGAUGGAAAAUCUAUUUCACCUUCUGGAAGUCAAAAUGUAAUUAAGCGAUUAAGGUCAUUUUCAUUUUCUUAUAAAUCAUCGGAUCAAAAAACACCUACUCCAGAAUCUUCCCCUCCAAAAAAUGAAAAUCGUAUUAUGCUAAAGUCAAGAAUAAGGCCACUUUCUUCUAGUAAAAAACAAGAGUUGUCUGAUUCAUUAAAUUAUGAAUCAACGUCUAAUUUGCAAAAAGAUGUGGUAUCGACAUCAGUGUCUCAAACGAACAAUUCUAAUCAAUCGCAAAAUGCUCGACGAUUUUCUAUGAGUCCAAGUUUUUUACGUUCAUUUUCAAUUGGUUCAAAUUCAUCAUCGAACCACCAAGAAAAUUCAAGUCCCAAUUCACAGGUUCAAGGUAAUCUUUCACCAAAAUCUAAAAAGCAUAGAAGAAAGACUUUUGGCGCAAGGUUCUCUGGUAGAGAAAAGAAUAAGUAUAGUAGUUCCUUACCAACACCACAGCUUUAUCCACAUUUGGAAACAGAAACAGAUUAUGAAUCAAAAUUUUCACAUGAUUCAGGAUUAAAACGAACAAGUUUUGAAGAUAUAGAUGUUUCAAGAAAAAAUAGAGAGGUCAUAUGUCCCGAAGACUUAUGUUUUAGUUCAGAAGAAGAAAGUAAUAGUAGUGAAACAAUAUCUAAACCUGGAGAAUUAGAUGUAGAAGCAUUGUCUGGCGACAAUAUUUCUGUUGAAACUGUGACACGUGAAUCAAUGAAGUCAUCAGAUUAUCUUGGAGUUUAUACAUCUAAAAAUAAUAAUGAUUUACCUAAAGACAUUGACAUUUCUAAAGAUGUCUCAAAUAAUUUACAAAAUGAUCGGUCAAUGAUAUCAAUUCAAACAGAUAUGUGGGGUUCUCAAAAAACAGAAACAGGAUCAGUAAGGUCUUCAGGUUCAGUAAGAUCUUUACCUCCAACUCCAACAAGUUUAUAUAGGCCUGAUUCGCUUGGACCAUUAACUAAUGACCAGCAAAAGUUAUUAGAUUUCUUGUUGGAUUUUCAGUCAAGGAUAUUUUGUUGUUAUCGAAAAGAAUUUCCUCCAAUUGAACCCGCAUUUCAUACCACAGAUACAGGUUGGGGUUGUAUGCAUAGAACUGGUCAAAGUUUAUUAGCACAAGGAUUUUUAUGGGUUUUAUUGGGAAGAGACUGGCGGUUACACAAUCUACAGACAGAAUCUGAUAUAUUAAUAUAUAGAAAGAUUUUGCGUUGGUUUAUGGAUGGACCUGAAUCAGAACAAUAUUAUUCUAUCCAUAAUAUUGCCCGUGUAGGGAUUUCAUUGGAUAAAAAAAUCGGUGAUUGGUUUGGGCCGGCCACAGUGGCUCAUGCAUUGAAGCGAUUAUCAAUGGCUCAUAAAGAGUGUCCAUUGGUUAUUUACGUGCCAACAGAUAAUACAAUUUAUCGUAGUGAAGUUGUUAAUGCUGCUAUGGAAAGUUGUGACGCUAUUCCUGAUCAAAAACCGUGGAAGCCGGUUCUCAUUUUGCUUUCUAUAAGGUUGGGAACAGAUAAACUUAAUCCAAGUUAUUCAGAUAAUUUAAAGGUAUAUUUCAUGUUAUUGUUUAGGUUCCCUCAAUUUUUGGGAAUUUCUGGCGGUAGACCCGGUAGAUCAUUGUAUUUUGUAGCGUUUCAAGAUGAUGAGUUAUUGUAUCUUGAUCCUCAUUUUGUACGACCUGCUAUAAAUCUCAAUAAAAUUACAGAAUUUCCAAUCGAGGAUUACCAUUCUACUAUUGUUAGGACAAUGGAUAUAUCGGAAAUGGAUCCUUCGAUGUUGUUGGGAUUUUUAUGUCAAAGUUCCCAAGAUUUCGAUCAAUUAUGUGGUCGAGUCGAAAGAGAGAUGAAUUCACAAUACCCAUUAUUCACAAUAUUAAAUGCAUGUCCUAUUCCAGGAUCAUGGUCAAGAAAAAAAUCCUUGAGUGAUGUUUCGAUUAGUGAUAGAUCUGUGAGUGACAUGUCACCUUCCAUAAUUAUUGAGACAAUUGAUGAUGUAGAUGAAGAUGUAGAGGAUUUCAAAGAUAUAACACAUGAAGAAGAGGAUGAUGGUGUUAUAAGUGCGAAAGGGGAUGAUGAAAUAAUAUUUGAAGAACAAAGUGACAACAGUGAAGUCAAUAUG